AUGGAUAAUGAAAUUAUAACAGUAGAAAGCUCGUGUGAUAAUGAGCAUUCUAAUGUGCAUCUUGAAGAAGAAACACAUUCGGAUUCGAAUCAACAUGAUACGAAUCCUAAUGAUGAUGGUAAUAAUGAACAAGAUUUGACAAUGGAUUCAACAGACGAUCUUUCAUCGAAAUCAUUUUCAAUUAAAGGACUUAUUAUCUUUGCUAUAUUUACAAUUCUAGCAAUGUUAACUGGUGUUUUAAUAGUUUGCUUCAGGUCACCAAAACCACCAGGUAAAACAUGUACAUUCAUCUUAAAAUCAGAGGCUCUUAGUUCAAUUACUGACGAUUCUCAUCCGCGAUCUGUUGCCGUUGGAGAUUUUAAUAAUGAUGGUUUUCUCGAUAUGGUUGUUCCAAAUUCUGGUACAAACAAUAUUGGAGUAUUUAUUCGAGAUGGUACUCGUACAUUUACUGAUCAAAUAAUAUAUUCAACGGGUCUUGGUACAAGUCCAUAUGCAGUCGCUGUCGGCCAUUUAAAUCAUGAUCAAUAUUUGGAUAUUGCUGUAGCAAAUUUUGGUACAAACAAUAUUGGUAUUUUUUUUGGAAUAGGCAAUGGUAGUUUUAUACCAUAUGCAAAUUUUUCUACUGGAUCUUCUCGUCCACGAUGGAUUGUUGUAUGUGAUUUUAAUAAUGAUACAUACAAUGAUAUAGCUAUUGUUAAUUAUGGUACCAACAAUAUAGGUGUUCUUCUACAAGAUAAUAACGGAAGUUUUGGUGAGCAGACAACUUUUUCUACUGGUUUUGAUUCGAUUCCGUACUCGCUCGUAGUUGGUGAUGUUAACAAUGAUGGUAAACUUGAUAUAGUUGCCGCUAAUUAUGGAACUAACAAUGUGGGUAUUUUAUUGGCACAUGGAAAUGGAACAUUUGCAAGUCAAAUUACUAUUGAUAUGGGUAUUAACUCUCGUCCAAAUGCAAUUGCUAUAAAUGAUUUAAACAAUGAUACUUAUAUGGAUAUCGCUGUUGUUUGUUCUGGCACAAAUAGUAUUGGUAUUCUUUUGGGCUUAGGAAACGAAACUUUCACAAUACCAACAAUAUAUUCAACUGGUGUUAAUUCUUUACCUCAGUCGGUAGCCAUAGGCGAUUUUGAUAAUGAUGGUACCCUUGACAUUGCUGUAUCAAAUUAUGAUACUUCCAGCAUUAAUGUAUUUUUUGGAUAUGGAACUGGUGUCUUUGCAAAUCAAAUGACAUUUUAUACUGAUGAUGAUUCAAAGCCAUACCUGAUUACUACGGGCGAUUUUAAUAACGAUACUCGAUUGGAUAUAGCUGCUGUUAAUUAUGACCAAAAUUAUGUCGAUAUUAUUCUUACGUACAGAAACUAUACUUUCUCAAGUCAAGAUACAUAUAAAACAACUGGUCUUGGAACUUAUCCAAUGUCAAUUAUUGCUGCUGACUUCAACAAUGACAAUCGAUUGGAUAUUAUCGUUGCGAAUUAUUGGACUGGAGAUAUAGGUGUAUUUCUUGGAUAUGAAAAUGACACAUUUUCAAGUCAAACUACUUAUUCAACUGGAAGUGGUUCUGGACCUUAUUAUAUUGCUAAUGGUGAUUUCAAUAAUGAUAAUCAAUCAGAUAUUGUUGUGGCAAAUUAUUGGACUAAUAAUAUAGGUGUACUUCUUUCAAAUGGUGACGGGACAUUUUCUGAUCAAACGACUUUUUCUACUGGAAGUAAAUCUGAACCAUCAUUUGUUGCUGUUGGUGAUUUUAAUAAUGAUACUCGCUUAGAUAUUGUUGUCGUUAAUUAUGGUAAAAAUAAUAUUGGAAUAUUUCUUGGCUAUGGCAAUGCGAGUUUUUCAACGCAGAAGACAUAUUCAACAGGAAGUAAUUCUCAACCAUAUGCUCUUACUAUUGGUGAUGUGAAUAACGAUAAACGACUUGAUAUUAUCGUCGCCAAUUAUGGAACGAAUAAUAUUGGUGUAUUUUUGGGAUAUGGUAAUGGUACUUUUCUAGCUCAAAAGACGUAUUCAACAGGAAGUGGUUCUGGACCGUCAUUUCUCGUGUGUCGUGAUGUGACUGGAGAUGAUCUACUUGAUAUUGUUGUUGCUAAUAGUAACACUAACAAGUUUGCUGUUUUAGUCGGAUAUGGUAAUGGUAGCUUUUUGUUGCGAAAUACAUAUUCAGUUGGAAGUGGUUAUUAUACGUGGACACUCGCCAUUGAUGACAUCAAUAAUGACAAACAGCUCGACAUAAUUGUUACUAAUUAUCCCAACAACCUCGCCGUUUUUCUGGGAUAUGGAAAUGGUAAUUUUUCCCUUCCAGAAAUCUAUGAAACUGGAAGCAAUUCCCAACCAUAUUCAGUUGUUAUUAGUGAUCUAAACAAUGAUGGUAAACCAGAUAUUGCUAUCGCAAAUUAUGCUACUAGUAAUGUAGGUGUUUUCGUUGGAUACGGCAAUGGUAGUUUUACAGAUCAAAAGACUUAUUCAACUAGAGAGGCAGCUUAUCCUCAAUAUGUUACUGUUGGAGAUUUUAAUAACGACAAUCAAUUAGAUAUAGUCGUCGUAAAUAAUUAUGGUGAUAAUAUAGAUAUAUUUUUUGGAUAUAGAAAUGGUUCUUUUGGAAAUCAAACAAGUUAUUCAACUGGUGAUAAUUCAGAUCCAAUGUUUGUAGCUGUUGCUGAUUUUAAUAAUGAUAAAAAUCUAGAUAUUGUCGUUGCAAAUUCUGGAACAAACAAUAUUAUUAUAUUUCUGAAUUAUGGUAAUGGUAGCUUUCCAAAUCAAAUCACUUAUUCAACUGGCAGUGAUUCUGAACCCUAUUCUGUUGCUGUUGGUGAUUUCAAUAAUGAUACUCGACUAGAUAUAGUUGCUGCGAAUUUUGGGACAAAUAAUAUAGUUGUAUUUCUUGGUUAUGGUAAUGGCAGUUUUUACACUCAACAAACUUAUUCAACUGGAGAUGGCUCUGGACCGCAAUUUUUAGCUAUUCAAGAUUUUGACAAGGAUGGUUUAUUAGAUAUUGCAGUUGCCUGUCAGUAUACAUCCAGUUUAAAUAUAUUUUUCGGAUACGGUAAUGGUUCAUUUUUAAACCAAUCCAUUUUUUCACUUGGUAUUGGUACUGAUCCAAAUAGUAUAGCAAUUGGUGAUUUGAACAACGAUGAUAAUCUGGAUUUGGUUGUCACCACCUUUUACGGCCGUAGUAUUGCUAUUUUUCUUGGCUAUAGCAAUGGAACAUUAAUUAAUCUAGUAACCUAUUCAGCAGGAAGUGGUUCUCGACCACAAUCAUGUCUUAUUGCAGAUUGGAACUAUGACAAUCAAAUGGAUAUAAUUGUUAGUAAUUGUGGUACUAACAAUAUAGUGGUAUUUUUUGGAACCGGUGACGGAACUUUCUCCGAUCAAGAAAGUUAUUCCACCGGUGAAAAUUCCUGUCCAAUUUCAAUCGCAUUUGGUCAUUUUAAUAAUGAUACUCUAAUGGAUGUCACUGUAGCCAAUUCUUAUACUAAUACGAUAGGAAUUUUUCUAGGAACUAGUUACAUGAGCGGUGAACGUGAAGCAGCAUAUUCAACUGGAUCUUCUCCUCAUCCACGAGCUAUUGCUCUCGGUAGUUUCGCUGACAAACGACAAUUAGACAUCACUAUGGUUAAUUAUGGAUUGGAUAAUGUUGGGGUUCUUUUAGGAUAUAUGAAUGGAACUUUUCCAUCACAAACGAUGUUUUCGACUGGUACUUUAUCAUUGCCAACAUCAGUUGCCGUUAGUGAUCUUGAUAAUGAUGGUGAACUUGAUAUUAUAGUUGCCAAUUCUGCCGCUGAUAACGUAGGCAUUCUUUAUGGAUAUGGAAAUGGUAGUUUUACUAAUUUAAGUACGUAUUCAACUGGUCUCGGUUCUUCUCCGCAGUCGAUAGUCAUAGGUGAUUUCAACAAUGAUAAGAAAUCUGAUAUUGCUGUCGUUAACUCUGGUACCAACAAUGUAUUAACAAUGUUGAAAUAUGAUAUUGGAGCAUUUCAUAAACAAAUACCGUAUAGUACUGACAUUGAUUCUCUACCGCAGUGGGUGUUCACAGGUGAUUUUAACAAUGAUGAUCGAUUGGAUUUUACUGUUGUUAAUUCAAAUAACGACAAUAUAGGUGUUUUUAUUGGGCUAGGCGGUGGCAACUUUGCUAAUCAAACGACAUAUUCAACUGGUAGUGGAUCAUUUCCAUUGUGGGCUGCUGCUAUUGAUGUCAACAACGACAGUUGCCUGGAUAUCAUUGUCUGCAAUCUUUGGACUGACAAUUUUGGUCUUUUCCUAGGAUUUGGUAAUGGGACGUUUACAAACCAAACAAGUUUUUCAACUGGCUAUGAUUCAGGGCCAGGAAUGUGUGCAUUUGGUGAUUUCAAUAAUGAUAGUCGAUUAGACAUUGUGGUCACUCUUGAAUUCACUUGCGGUAUAAGUAUUUUUCGUGGAUAUGGUAAUGGAACAUUUUCUUCUUUCAAAAACUACUCAACGGGUACUUAUUCUUAUCCAUCUGCGAUUGCUGUUGGUGAUUUUAACAACGACAAUAUUUUGGAUAUUGUUGUUACCAAUUAUGGAUAUGGGAAUAUAUAUAUUUUUCAAGGAUCCGGUGAUGGUACUUUUUUUAAUGUAAAUAUCUAUUCCACUGGUAGUCUUUCAAAUUCAAAAAUGGUAAUUGUUAUUGAUUUGAAUGGCGAUAAUAGAUUGGAUAUUGUAGUUGCUAAUUCAGGCACAGAUAAUAUCGGUGUAUUUUUUGGUAAUGACAACGGUACUUUUGCCAAUCAAACAAGUUUUUCAACUGGUAAUGGCUCUGCGCCAUAUGCGCUUGCUAUUGUUGAUUUAAACAAUGAUAAUCAAUCCGAUAUUGCCGUUGCAAAUUUUGGCAAUGACAAUUUAGGCAUACUUCUGGGAUGUGUUAAUGGUACUUUUUUCAAUCAACUAACCUAUUCAACUGGUGAUUAUUCUCAGCCGUAUAGUCUCGCUAUAGGUGACUUCAAUAACGACAAUCGUCUUGAUAUUAUUACGGCCAAUUCAGCUAUUGAUAAUGUGGGUUUGUUUCUUGGAUAUGUCACCGAAGAUUUUUUAAUCUCACCAGCUUAUUCAAUUGAACCAUCUUCACUACCAACAUCUAUUGCAGUUGGUGACUUUAACUAUGAUACACGAUUAGAUAUUGUUAUCGCUAAUAAUGGUACUAACAAUAUAAUGAUACUCUAUGGGUCUGGUUAUGGUACUUUUGUUAGUCAGACAAAUUACUCAACUGGUAAUGAUUCUCAACCAUGUUGGGUAGCUGUCAGUGAUCUAAAUAAUGAUAAUCUAUUGGACCUUGUAGUAGCAAACUCCGGUGCUGACAAUGUUGGUAUUUUUCUGGCCAAUGGCAGUGGAACAUUUUUAAAUCAAAUGACUUAUUUUACUGGUCUUCGUUCUCAACCAUAUUCAGUUGUUAUUGUCGAUUUUGAUAAUGAUACUCAUUUGGAUAUUGCCGUAGCCAGUUAUGGUUCCAACAGCAUUGGUGUUUUUUUUGGGUAUAGUAAUGGAAGUUUUGGAGAUCAACUCAUAUUUUAUACUGGUUAUCAAUCACAUCCCUAUGCACUCGCUGUCGGUGAUGUUAACAAUGAUAAUUUAACAGAUAUUAUCGCUACCAAUAAUGGAUAUGGGAAAGCAUUAACUCGUGCUUCGCCCCAUUGGCCGGGUAUAUUCAACAUGUUGGGCAAGUGUAUGAAAAAUGAAUGCUGCUGUCCCACUGAUUUUACUCUAACACAGCAAGGUUCGAAUCAUCUACGCAUUCAAGUUCAAUUCGACAACCAUUGUAAGGAACCACUCGAUGCUGUUUUACCUUUGCCAUCCGGUUUCAACAUCGUACUCCCCGUGUCCAAAGAUAAGCUCAAUUGCACACUCAGCGACGACAGUAACAUGCUUACUGUUGAUAAUAUUGAUCGACCACCGUGCAGUGAUAUUGCUGCUCGCCGCGGAGCAGCAUUAUGA